AUGGUCUCUGGCCAGAUGGACGCCUUGGGCGCCUUCUCCUAUCUCGCCGACAAUCUCCCCACCUGGUUAACCAAAUUGUCCGAUCUCACUGCACACACCGCUGAAAAACAUGCCGAGUUCGCCGAGGCCUUCAAGAAGCACUCUGCUACGCCGCUGAAGAUCCGUCGACGACGAAACAGCUCGGUCUGCUCGAUUCGCACAGAUUCCGUCCGGUCCGGGGGUCAGCGUCGGAGGGGUGGCGACGAUGGGGAUGCGUCUUCUCUGGAUUCAACAACGGAUGGGCCCGCUGUCAUCAGCACGCGGCAUAACCUUAUAAUACACUACGACGGACACACACAAAAGUCCCUGGAGGAGUUGGUCCGCAAUAUUGGUACGGCGAGGAAUAACCUUCGAAAGGGGAAGAUGUCUCAGCUGCCUUUGGCUGCUGGCUCACGGUCCGCCACGAGGAACUUUCACGCUCGCAACCCACCCAUGAUCGACCCGAAUGCUGCACCCGAGGACCAGCUCAUGGCUAGCAUCCGCAUUUCGCGGUCUAGAGCUCAGCCGCCGCCUCCGACACAACGGCAACCCCCUUUUGAAAUGGCAGAUAAACAUUUGGAGCUCGCCCACGGCUUUUGCGAGACGGCGGCGUAUCAUUUCCUGCGUGCGGGAGCCUGUGCGUCGGAACUGAACAGCGUCAAAGAACGGUUUACGGUGCUGCUCAAGCUCGCCACAGACGAGCUGCAGAGCCCCAGGUAA